AGGGCGCAGGGCUGGGCGGCGGGCGCGCCGGCGGGCUCCGCGCGUGCCCGAGGGGGCGGGGCUCCGCCGCCGCCGCGUGCCGGCCCCCGCCCCCUCCCGCCCCCUCCCCAACCCCUCCGGCUCCGUCGGGGCCGCGCACCAUUUCCGCCGCCCGGGGUGGAGCCCGCCCUCAAGGGCUGGGGCCGCGCGGAGCCGAGGCCGCGGCGGGAUGCAGCCACCGUCGGGGCGGUGGUGGCUGCUGCUCUGGCUGCCGCCCCUGGCCACGCUGCCCGCGGGCGCCGAGGAGGAGGCGUUGUCAGUUCCAAGAUGUAAAGCUUUGAAAGAAAUGGAUUUUAUUCAAACUUCUGAGUCAAAAUGUUACUGCUACAAUCAAUAUUUCCAAAUGGAGUGGACAUCUGUGUGGUCAACUGUGCAGGUGAAAAUUACCAGUCCGGGCCUAUUCCGUAUUGUAUAUAUCACAGAGAUGCGUAAUUGCCAGUAUCCAGAAACCAUUCUGUCUUUUAUCAAAUGUGUCAUUCAUAAGUUUUGGGUACCAAAAGAAUCUAAUGAAAUAACCAUAAUCAGUCCAUACGGGGAGACCAAGUGCUUCUCUGUGAAUCCUGUCAGGGAGAUUUUUAUUUAUACAAUAAGAGUGAAUCGAAAGAUUGUUGAUUUCAGACUUUUCCUCAUGUUUGUGGCAGGCAUUUUCCUUUUCUUUUAUGCAAAGACCUUGAGUGAGAGCCCUGUUUUCUAUUACUCUUCGGGGACUGUGCUGGGUGUUGUAAUGACAUUAGUCUUUGUACUGCUGUUGGUGAAAAGAUACAUUCCUAAGUAUAGCACCUUUGGGGCUCUAAUGGUUGGUUGUUGGUUUGCUUCAGUUUAUGUUGUGUGCCAACUGAUGGAAGAUCUCAAAUGGCUGUGGUAUGGAAACGGAGCAUAUAUGUUUGGCUAUGUUUUGGUAGUUGGAUUUUUUAGUUUUGUUGCCUGCUAUAAACACGGACCUCUUGUUGAUGAGAAGAGCAGAAGUCUUCUGAUGUGGACCCUGCGGCUUUCCUCCCUGGUUCUAAUCUAUGCUGGUGUAGCUGUGCCUCAGUUUGCUUAUGCAGUUAUGAUUCUCCUUGUGUCCUCCUGGAGUCUGCGCUAUCUACUGAAAACAUUCAGUUAUGUGAAGUGGAAAAUGAAGUUGUGGUUUGCACCAGGACCGCCGGUAGUUAAGUGUCUUACAGAAGAAGAAUACAGGGAACAAGCUGAUGCUGAAACGACCAGCGCCCUGGAGGAACUGCGCAGAGCCUGUCGCCGUCCUGACUUCCCAUCCUGGCUGGCCGUCUCCAGGCUCCAGGCUCCUAAAAAAUUUGCAGACUUUGUUCUUGGAGCAAGCCACCUGUCACCUGAAGAAAUCCAUCUGCAUGAAGAACAGUAUGGCCUUGGUGGUGCUUUCUUGGAAGAGCAGCUCUUCAACCUACAGACUGACAGUGUACCUGCAAGUUGACUUCAUUUUGUCAAGGAAGUGAGUAAAGGCCAAGGAUUCAGUUAAAGUUGGGCAAAAGGGAUCUAAUGAACAGUGGAAAAAUCAGGUGCUGUGGAGAAUAGCCAUACUGGAAAGGAAAACUAAUCUAUUUUGAAAAGAACUUAUUUUCCUGUUAAGUCCUGCUAUUUAUUGUACUGUAGUUAGCAACCAAGAUUCUGUGGCAAUUCAUUGCCACUUACCUUGAAAUCUUUCAUUAGAAACAAGGAAAUCAUGUUGUUCUUCAAGGGACCAAUAAGUAUGAACAGGUGACUUGUCAAAACCAAGGCACUAAAUCCUUACUCCCCUCAACCUGGGCCAGAAGACUCUUAUUCUUCCUAUAUUUCGUCAAUAUCAGUGACGGAAGAGACUUGAAAUACGCUGGGCCUGUGCUUUCCAAAGUAUAAUCCACAGGAUACUAACAAGUGUUUUAGUCGGUGAAAGGAUUCUGAGGUUAACUAAGAUUGAGACAAAGUUAAGCAAGUACAUUGCAGGACUCUCAAGGCCUUUAAUAAUACUAAUGCACAUUGUGAAUCUUCUAAACAAAGAGAAAUUGUAUAGCAGUUUCUGCUUUAAUUGACCCCAGAACCCUUUUUUAUGAGAUUAAUAUUCCUUAGAACACAUUUUUGGAAAAUGCUAAUGAUGGUAGAAGUGAGGUUGGAGGAGGUUAAAUAACUCAUCUGAGUAUUUGAGGCAGCCCUGGUAGAGCUCUGGUCCCCAGAUGCCCUGACUCAGGUAGAAGACUUUUUCAGAUGCAGACUUGGGGGCCAUCUCCCUACAGCCUGGUUCUCACAAUGUUGGCAUCUUUUUAAAAUAAUGGCCAACAGCCUAUUUAAUAACUGUGAUAAACAUUUAUUAAGAUUAUAUUUUAAAGUUUUGAUAAGAUUUAUAUAUAUGUGUGGAUUAGAAAUUAGAAUUACUUUCUGUAUUUUUGUAUGUUGAAAUUGAAGGAGACCUUUUGUAACAUUUCAAGACUCAUAUACAUUUGUAAUAAUUUCUUACAAAAAGAGAUUUGCAGUAUUUUUUUUUACAGAGAGCAAAUGUUUGUUUCUUGAUUCAUGAUGUUUCACUCCAGAGUGAAAUAAAUAACUAUAACUGAGCCUUGACCUUAAGGGAAGGAUGCCAGAACAAGUCUGAGAUUUGAACACAGCAAAACAAUUUAUGGGUUAAGAUGUUGUUAAAUUGAUUCUCUAAAUAUUGAACUCAGACUUUUUACUGUGAUGGGAUUAUCAGGAGGAGGUUAAUGGGAGAGAUACAUAGAGAAUUUUGUUACUGUCUCUUUAGUAAAGCUUUUCUAAAUUGUCGAGUAAGAAUGUGGCUAUCCAUUUGUAACUUUCUAGAUUGAUUUUCAAAAAUGAUAUUUCCUCUGUGAGGCAGUAUGUCAGUGUUUACAGGUCUGCUUUUGCCAGACAUCUUUUACUAUUAGGAGCUUUCUCUUAAAAAAACAAAAAAAACUAGAUUCAACCUGUGCCUUUACAUAGACUUUGAUUUUUAAAACUAAAGAACAUAUCUUCCAUUCUGUUUUAUGAGGCAAGCACUCUACAAGUGAGCUAUAUCCCCACCCUUCCAUUCUGUUUUAUAACUGUAAGGGGGAUCUAAAAUAAUUUUUGUUGUUUUAAUCUGAUUUUUAUUUUUGUGUAAUUAUAUUUAGUGGCGAUAUAUUACAAAUAUAUCAGAUGUAUCAAUUCUUGUGCUCAGCUAGUUCACCUCCCAAGAGGCAGUUUUUAUAGUACAAAAAUGUGUGUGUGUGAAUCACGAACAUCUGCUGGGACUGCCAGGGCUCAUCCUAGCUGGACAGCACUGGGCCCUGCCUGAGCCAGGUUGGAGAAAGGCUUCACCGGAAAGCAGCGGCUUCAAGUGGGCCAACAAGCCUGUGAACCAUCACAAUAAAAAACUGCUACAAAAGAGAAAAAGAACAAUAAUCUCCAGGAUACUGUUCUUCAUGUUCACUUUUAGAGGAAAUUAUGGAUUUGUCAGUUUCUGUUUUGUGAGUACUGUGAGAAGCUAAACAAUUAAAAGCAUUACUGGUGA